AUGUUCCAGCAGGCUCUCAGCAGCGACCAGGAGCCCAGCGGCGGCGGCAGCAGCGGCAGCAGCAGCAGGCCUAGCCCUCCGCUCAGGAGUGCGUCCGGGCGCGGGUUCAGGAGGGGGUCAACGUGGAGGGAGUCGAACGCCAACGGGCCGCCUCGGCGCAUGGAGGUCUCGAUCCCCCACAAGAGCCUGAAGGUGUUCGCCCAGGCCGUGCAAUGCUUGAUGAAGGUGGGCAAGGAGCUGUUCAUCGAGACAACCGGAGACCAGCUGAUCCUCCGCACGCUCAACGACGCCAAGUCGGCCUUCGCCGCCUUCUACUUCAACGACUCCGGAGGAUUCUUCGAGACUUUCAGGCGAGGAAGGAGGCCAGGAGGAAACUCCCCCCGGAAACUCUCCCCGAACAAGGUGCUCCGGCUUGUGAUCUACGUGGAGGGGGAAGACGAGGAGCACAUCGAGCCGCACCUGGUGUUCCAGAUGUACUGCGAAUUUGGGUACCGCAAGGUGCACCGGUUCUCUCUGCAGGACUGCGAGAUCAUGCACGCGGUGUUCGAGGGGGAGGGGGCGUCGCGUCUAUCGUGCCCCCCCGUGCAGCUAUCGCAGUUGGCGGGGACCGCGGAUCGAGCGGUGCUCAAGACGGAGAUGAGCAUCAGCACGGCGGAGUUUGACACCUACAGGUUCUGCGGCACAGACGACGAAGAGGUGGAGCUCGUCUUCAGCCUGAAGGAGAUUAAGGUCAGAAUGUUGGUCGGAAUGGCUCUCCUGCACUUCAGCGAGACCACGGAGGCGCAGACCCUGGAGAUGCUCUUCCGGGAGGGUGGGGACCCCCUCCUGUUCCAGAGCCACUCCAAGUCCUUCGCCGCGGAGCUGAUCAUGGCCACGAUGGAGCCCAAGGUCAUCCGCAAGGAGCCACCGCCGCCGACAGCGGCAGCGGCAGGUGGCGCGAAGAGGGAACCGGGGACGGCGGCGGGGUCUGGGGGGGGGGGGUACUCGCGUCAGGGCGACCAGAGCCAGGAGUCGGAUGCGCGGUGCAGGGAAGGGGACCCGGGGUAUCGAGACGGCGGCGGGGGCAGGGGGGGGGGAGCUAGCCAGGACUCGGAAGCCACGAGGACGCCGGCUUCGCACGAACAGGGUUUCCACCACAAUCCUUUCGGGGAACAACUACCUACAACGACCGGCGAGGGCUACACCGAUGGUCCGGCUUCUCCUUCGCGACGCCGCGGCCGUGUUGACGGCAACGAAGGCGAACAGCAGCAGCGUCAGGACGGCGGGUCGUACGAGGACGACCAGGGCGGCGGCAACGGCGGCGGCGACGGCUACCGCGACAGCGGCUAUGAUGAGGAACGGCAGGCACGACUCGGAGACGGGAGAAGCAACGGGCGGCGGCGGGGGGCAUCCGGCGACCACGACGGAACACGAGAGAAGUACGGCGACCUGGGAUGGGAGCAGGCGGAAGGCAGAGGUGUCGGGGGACCGGAGGAGGAGGAGGAGGAGGAUGCGCAGCAGCGC